GCUUUGUUAUUUUCAAUAUUCAGUAAAGAUAAAUAAACAACAAGUAAUAGUUUAAAUUUUUUAGUAUAUUUUUCUAGUAAUUGUCAUUAAACAUAUGAUAAAAGCUAUAUUUAAUUGAAAGCGAAAAUUCACCAAUAAACCAAGUCCUGAUUCAACGUAAUGAUUUAUCCUAUCAAUCGAAAAAUUGCGCGUAUUUGAAUUUGAUGAAGAUGACGCGAUAGGCUUAUACUAACAAAUAUAUGUAUAUACAUAUAUAUAUUUGUAUACAUCACGAUAUCGCAUUCACACGAUGUUCUAAGGAUUACGGUUAAACAAUAAUAUUGUUUAUACUUAUUCAAAGUAUUUUUUACUUUACUUACACUUUAGUUUAAAUUUGAAUGAAUUCAACAAAAAAAUUAUAAUUUGUCUGGAAAUAAAUUCGGCAAAAAUUGAUAUACAUCAUUUAUUUAUCACAUUGUUGACUAACAAUUUAAAAAAAAAUGAAGAGAUCUUAUUCGUCAAUGAAGGAACACAAGGUUAUUUUCGAAUGGAAAAUAGAUCAAUUUAAUUCAUUCAUCGAUUCAUCACUCACGUGUACAGAUGACGUAAAAGUUGAAUCUGUUAAAUUUUCAACAGGUGCUAAAAUAAAUGAUUCCUGGUACUUGAGACUAAAAUUUAAAGAUAACGAAGUAACACAAGUCAAAGAAUGGCUGUCAGCAUUUUUGUGCUUAAAACACAGCGAUACAGAAUCAGUAAGAGCAACAUAUUCUAUCUAUAUUUUGGAUAAGAAUAACGAAAAAAAAGUAAGUGUUAAAAAAUCAACUCGAGUAUUCAAACUUCAUGAGAGUUGGGGUUCAAAUAAAUUUCUGGAAAUAAAAAAGGUGCUGGAAAAUAAAGAUAAUUUACUACCAAAUGAUAUGAUAACAUUAUGUGUGGAUCUCGUUGUACUUGAAGAUUAUACAUCAACUACAACGGAAGUUUCAUUAAAAAUUUUGAAGCCUAAAAUAACUGAUGAUUUUGAGAAGUUCUUUGAUAAAAAAAUAAAUGUCGAUGUGAUUUUAAUUGUUGGCGACGUAAAGUUUCAUGCGCAUAAGACAAUUUUAUCAGCACGAAGUCCAGUACUUGCUUCAGUUCUCCACAGAAUGCAAGAAAGUAACAAUAACAUAUUGAUGAUAAGUGAUGUAGCUCCUGAAAUAUUCCGAGAUAUGUUGAGAUUUAUUUAUACUGAUAAAGUUGAUGAUUUGGACAGCAAAGCUGUAUCUCUAUUACAAGUUGCUGAUAGGUUUAAAUUGCAAACACUGUAGAUAUCGUGUGAGGAAUCGCUUCGCGAAUCAUUGACCAAUGAAAAUGCAAUUAAAUUAGUAAUGUUAGCAGAUCAAUGUCAUGCAAAUCUACUGAUGGAGUACGUUGUCAAUUACAUCAUAAUAAAUAUCGAUAGUGUGAUGAAAACUGGAGAUUACAAAACAUUGAAAAAUUCUAAACCGAUCUCAUUAUCGAUUUUACUUAAUAGUAUAUUACAUACCUAGGCCAGUAAAAUAAGAAAAGUCUCAGAGCACAUAUAAUUGAUGGCCGAGGCUAACAAACAUAUAUGUAGUCUGAGGCAUUCUUUUUUACUGGCCAAUGUGUGUAUACUAUUUUUCUGCUCGACGAAGCCGGAAAGUUGCAACUUAGUUUAGGGCAGCGGCCCGAAAGUUGCCACUUUCCGGCCGGAGGGCAGAAAAAAAUUUUCUGGUUUAAUUAAAAAUAGAGGAUACAUAUCAUUAUUUUCUAUUUGACUAUUUUUUCUAUGUUUUGUAAUUAUUUUUAUAUAUAUUUUUCAGCAGAAACAUCUGACGUACUAAAGCUCAACUACACUCAAGUAAAUAGGAUCGAGAUUAAUAUGAAAGUUAAAUUAAACUUUUUUCUUUCUAACUAAUCUAGGAUGGAUGUAUCUUAAAAAAUAAAUUUGUCUAAUACUUUAUCAUGCAAUGAAAUAAAAUUUUGAAAUAAUCUCAGACAAUACUCUUCACUUUUUAAAAAUAUUUAAUGACGAACUGUCAUAAAAAUAUUAAUUGAUUGAAAAAAAUUAAAGUAUUGAUUGACAAAACGACAAAUUUUCCAAGACAUGAAUUAAAAAAAAAAUUACUUAACUUAGGUAUCAAUUAGGAGUUGAACGAAAUUUGUUAAGUAAAUUUUAGACCAUAAAAUUAGACAUUUCGAAUUUUUAAUAUUGUCAUGAAGAUUUGACUGAAAUUCAUUAAAAAAUUUUAUUUAACUCCUAAUUAAUAGCAGUUGUAAAUGCUUUCUUUUUUAAACGAAAACUUACUCCAGCAACUCAAUUCACUGGAAUUAUUCUCUUAUACUUAUUUUUAUAUAUCAAUAAAAUAAUGAGUGUGAAUGUAGCAGAUAUCAGACAAAUUUAAAA